AUGGCCAAGUUAGAGCCAUUGAAAAGUGGCUACUACGUCUGGCACUAUGUCCCCUCAAUAGCAGCAUCCGUGAUCUUCACAAUCAUCUUCUCCGCCAUCACAGCAAUCCAUUUUUGGAAGCUAUUCAAAACAAAAGUCCGAUUUACCAUCCCAUUCGCAAUUGGCGGACUAUUCGAAUUAGUCGGCUACGCCGCCCGAGCAGCCUGCACAAAUCAAACGGGCAAACUAAUGCCAUUCAUAAUCCAAAGCAUCUUCGUCCUCCUCGCCCCAACCCUCUUCGCCGCGGCCGUCUACAUGGUCCUCGCCCGUAUAAUCCGCAGCGUCAACGGCGAGAAAUACUCCCCGAUCCGUAUCAACCUCGUCACAAAGAUAUUCGUCACUUGCGAUAUACUCACCUUCUUCAUCCAGGGUGGUGGCGGCGGUCUUAUGGCCCAGAGUAGCAUGGCCAAGAUGGGACAGAAUAUCAUUCUUGCUGGGUUGAUAUUACAGAUUAUUACGUUUGUUUUAUUCCUUACUACGGCUAUUGUCUUUCAGAGACGUAUGGGAGCGAAUCCGACUCCGGCGGCUGUGCAGGGUGAUGUUCCUUGGAAGAAGCAUUUGUACAGUCUUUAUGGGGUCAGUGCUAUGAUUCUUGUUCGCUCGGUUUUCCGGGUUAUUGAGUAUGGUUUGGGGAAUGAUGGGUAUUUGUUAGGCCAUGAGUGGGCGACUUAUGUUUUGGAUGCUUUGCCUAUGUUUAUUGCUAUGGUUUGUUUUGCCGUUUGGUAUCCUAGUGAGCUGCAGCCGUUCUUGGUCAGGUCGGAUUCGGAGGAGGUCGUUCCUUAUUCGGUCCCACUGAAAGCUUGA